UCGAUUUCAAGUGAAUGGUCUUUAAGAAGAAGUGGGUGGUUUGUGGUUGUUCAAACUCCAGCCGGUGGUUUCCAUACGAAAAACAACAAAUCCUGGCCAUAAGUAGUUUUUAAUGGAUCCAUUUAAUUACCUAUUUCACAUUUUAACUAUAUUCGUUGGUGGUUCUUUACUUUUUCUUGUUGGAUUUUUUCCCGUCUCACGAAAUCUUACUGUGGGAAAUAACUAUGGAAACUCCUCGGCACUAUCUCUACUUGAUAAGAAGCUUCCAGAGCCGGCCGUCAAACAUGAGCAGAUCAUUUUAAUGAUAAUUGAUGCCUGGCGCUGGGAUUUUGCCAAUUCCAGCAAUAUGCCAUAUUCCUCCGAAAAUGCUUGCAAUCACAUUAACAUUAAAGUCGAUGUACCAACAGUGACUAUGCCUCGUCUGAAAAGCAUUACGACUGGUACGGUUUCAAAUUUUAUUGAUAUAGUACUAAAUCUGGGACAUACAGAAAAGUUGGCCGAUUCUCUAUUGCACAGGGCCCGGGCAAAAGGUAAAAAUAUUGUAUUCUCUGGAGAUAGGGCAUGGGUGCAAUUGUUUCCCAAUUUAUUUCUAAGACAAAAACCAAACAUGGAUUCAUUUUUUGUCAAUGACUUUUAUGAGGGUGACAAAAAUAUUACGGCAAAUAUUCGAGAUGAACUUCCAAGAAAGGACUGGCAGCUAAUGAUAUUACAUUACUUGGGACUAGAUCACAUCGGUCAUGUUGAGGGAUCCCACAGCCAUAAGAUUUUUGAAAAACUUCAUGAAAUGGAUGAUGUCAUAAAGUACAUUACCACUAGUCCACAAUUUCAAAAUUCGGUUUUGUUGGUAACUGGAGAUCAUGGUAUGCGCAAUGGCGGAAGUCAUGGCGGUAGUGAUGAAGAGGAGUUAUAUGUACCCUUAAUGUUGUUCUCCGAUAAAUGUACAAAGCGAAACCGAACUGUGGAUUACAAUCAAAUCGAUAUGACUCCAACGAUGGCUGUGUUGCUGGGUGUUGACAUUCCUUUCACAUCUGUGGGUUGUUUAAUAUCCGAUUUUAUGGACGAUUUUUCAAAGGAAGAACAAUUGUAUUACUAUUACUACAACGCUUUACAUCUCAUAGAAAAAUUUAGAAGAAAAUAUAGUUUAAGUCAAAUCAAAGCUCAAGGAUUUUCCGACUACUACUUUUGGCUAACCGAGGCUGAAAUGGAGCACAAGCUGUAUUUGGAAAGUAAUCUGACAAGUUUCCUAGCCUAUGAAAAGGCAAAAAAGAAUUACAUUCGACUAUCUAAGAAUAUUUCAAAGCUACUGUCGGACAGCUCGGUUAAGUAUGACAACGACUUGAUAUUUAUUUCGUUAGUUUUAACAACAACGACGGCAAUACAUCUUCUAACGAAAGUUCUCUUCGGCACCAAGGACAAUUUGAAAAAGUGGCAGCAAUUUUCUUCUGGGCGUUUAUUUUUUAGCAUCGUUGUGGCUCUUGCCAUAAAUUGCAUAGCACAUUUUCUCGAGUUUAUCUACUCGAGACACUUUAUCUAUUCAGCGGUGCUUACAGUUCCUAUAGCCAUAAGCAUUUACUUGGCAAUUGAAAUAUUUCUGUUGGUUGUACAAAUACUCAUACCAAUGUCGUAUGACCGUAAAUGUUACUUCAAGCUCACCAUUCCUUGGAUGCUGUUCGCCUUCUUUAUUUUUCAUACAUUUUCGUUGGCAUCCUCAUCAUUGAUAGAGGAAGAACACCAGACGUGGUAUUACCUGACACCAACCAUACUGAUUUAUCUGACAGCUCAAAAUGUCUACUAUGGUAUACGGAAAAUGUGGAAAUUGGAAAACAAUCUGAACAUUAUAGGCUCAGAGCUAUGGAAAAUGCGGUACGUUAUUCUAGCUCUGUUGACAAUUGUCUUCUGUCGUCGUCUCAAUCAAACUGGUGACAAAUGGCGGCAUUUGGAGGACAUAGGUGAUAUUUUAUCUAAAGAACACAACCACCACUAUCGUUUACUGGUCCUUGCAUUAGCAUUAAUUUGUCUUCUUCUCUCCCUGAGAAAGUUCAAUACAAACGCUCUGCAAACGCUUACUUGUAGUACGGCCCUCGUUUGCGUUUUUAUAUAUCGGGAGUGGAGUCAAUCGAGCACUCUAGUAUUAUUGGUGUUCUGGCUAAGUGUGUCUGCUACUGCUUUAAUCAGUUAUCGUAUAGUUAUAUGGAAACCAAAACACUAUGGCUAUGGCGCUAAAAGCAACCUUGUGGAUCUGUUGGGCUCCAAUUUGACCAUAAGUCUGUUGAUCUCAGCUCUCUUACACAAACCUCACAAUGUUGUUCUGCUGCCAGCCUUGUUGCUUUGUCUAGAGAGCAGUUACUAUUUGUGCGACAAAUUGCAUUUGUACAAUAGGAAAUUGUACAAUCGUUGUUACGUACUAGUAUACAAGGCAGUUAUAACUAUUUUCUUAGGGAAUAUGUUUUACUUCUUUCAGGGUAAUUCCAAUAGCCUUUCAACUAUCGAUAUAAACCCUGGCUAUAUUGGCUUGUCCUCCUAUAAUCCCUUUGUAGUUGGCGUAAUGAUUACAUUUAACACCUAUUGUGCCCCCAUAAGUGCAUUCCUUUAUUUAAUGUGGCACAUGUUUGUUACCAAAAAGAGUAGUUUGCCUCUGCGCCAAGAAAAAGAGCAAGUCUCAAAUGCGCAACUGCUUGAAAGUACGGAGGAAGAUCUAUACCUAGUCAUAAGUUUGUUCGCGGCCACCACGGUAAUGCCGGUGGCUGUGUACUGGCUGUUGUUGAUGGGCUUUCGCUAUCAUCUUUUUAUUUAUUCAGUAUUUGCACCAAAGGCCUUUUAUGAAUGUUUUCGUAUUUUUGUAUUUUAUUUAAAUUUUAUUGUAACAAAUUUGUACUUCAGGUUAUUCCAAUAAAACUUUAAACCGAAACUAAAAAAGUGA